AGUAGCCUUUCGGUUAGAGAAACAUCACUACUCAAUGUGGGAGAGGAACUUCACUUUUUCUAUCAGAUGAAUUGGACGUUGGAAAAUUUGAGGAAUAUGGCAAAAAGUUUGUGGUCGAGCCAUCUGAAGGCCAAGAUCGCACGAACCACACAUACAUUCGUGAUCAGUGAUUUUCUAUCAAAACUGAAAAUGUCUGAUCUUGACCUAUUGCAAACUUACUCUUCGGCUAAAUUCACCACACCGGAUCCUUCCAAUGUGGGCUCACAUUUCGAGUUUCAGAUUGUCGUCACAAUUCAGAGCUCUAGUGGGGCACAGUCCGCUAUUGAGAGGAGUGCCAAUGUGAGUGUGGUCUCUGUAGCGGCCUCAGAGGAUUGGAACAAUCCCCCCCUCGAAUUGAAUGCCGGUGUCGAUAGCGUUAAUGACGGUCCUGAUCUACAUUCUGGUUUCUUACACCCUGCAGGUGCCAAUCAUAUGAACUGCCACCGACAUCACAGAGGCGGACCACCACGUGUUGUUCCUAAAGUUGCUCCUGUUCCGAGAGCCAGCUCCUUCAAGGAUACUUAAAGCGUCCAGGGCCUCUGGUGGACUGUAAAAUGGACUUGAAUUUGAAGAACAUUAUGGAGGAGCCAACCAAGUUGUUGCGUCUCGACCACUCUUUAGAGAUUUGUUGUUUGAUCGAGGUGAAUUGCGGAAAUGAUCUCGUCAUGGAAGUGACUUCUCCUCUUGAUCCUGGCCAAUCCUUACACCGCCGUUUAUCUCCUAAACAUUUUCCGGAUAUGAACUUAGUGAGUGGCGAAGUUCGGCUCCCGUGCCACAAACACAUGCUAGCUGCGAGCUCGGACGUUUUCAUGGCCAUGUUUUCAAAUGAUGGACACCAAGAGAACAAGUCCCAGGAAGUCCUCAUUGACGAUGUUAAUCCAAAUGCCUUGGAAAAGCUCCUGGAAUAUGUGCACAGCGAUAACAUUGCGGACAUGCACGGAGAUGCUCAUGAACUCAUCUACGUCGCUGACAAAUAUAAUAUGGCUAACUUAAGGACCUUUGCCACGAAUUAUGCUGUUACUACUUUUAGCAUUGAAAACGUUUGUUGCUUCCUUAGCCUUGGAGAGCUCAUCCAGUUGGAAUUUUUAACCCGGAAGGCGUUUGAAUUUGUUAUCGAGCAUGCCGACGAAGUGAUCAAGAGCGACGGAUGGAAGAGUCUCUCGCAAAAUGCGAUGAAGCGGCUCUUGGAGCUCACCAUGAAGUUCGCAAAGAUGUGACUCUGUUCCUCAUUUAGACGCAAACGAAAUGAUAAACAUUUGUAAUGAUUGAACCGAACAAUGGCCAUUGAUAAUCGUUGCAAGGAAAGUAAUCCCGAGGACUAUUAAAAUAAAAGACCAUAUCU